AUGGUACCACCAGGCUACGUGGAUAUUACCACGGCCCUAUACUCCAGAGGCUCCGUGAACGUGAUUGGGGUUGUUGUCGAUGUCUUUGGCGAUGUCUUCAAGACAGGUGGUUCAUCCGUGUGUAUCACAUUUACCCUAAAAGACAUAAACCUGGACAACGGGCAUUCUUGGGACGGACUGAAAAUCAAGUAUUUCAAUGAUGAUCGAGCAUCAUUACCUCCGAUCAAGGAGCGCGACGUUGUGCUCUUACAAGGUCUCCGAGUACGGACAUUCAACGGGAAGACAAUCGCAGUUGCUUCCCAGCAUGAGACAGUUCCGUGGGCCAUUUACCGGCAAGAGUCGGACGCAAGAACCACCGCGUCACCAAUCUCCGGUCCAAAGCCUUUUGAGCCAUCUAAUUUGGAAAAGAAAUAUGCACUAGCGCUGCUGAAACGCGCCUCUUCGGUUGAUGCCACUGGCCAUCUGCGUGCUGUGGAGGCUUAUAGGAGCUCUCAAGUGGUUCAAGCUUCUGUGUCCAAUCCGAAACCUGGCGGGAAGCAGUUUGCUCUUAUCAAGGACAUCGUGGCGCGCACAUAUGUGAUCCUCGUUUGCGAAGUUCUCAGCAUUAGCGACAAUGACAGUGAAAAGGUUAUCAUCGAUGUCACUGAUUAUACUCCUAAUGAUGGUUUGUCGGAUGGAGGGGCAGAUGAUGGCGACGGCCGUGAAGGAGACAGCUUUAAUUACUUGACACGCCCGAAGAGGAAGCGUAACGGGCCUUUAGGACGUAUGACGCUUCGGAUAACGCUUUGGGACCCGCAUGCUGCCUUCGCUCGCGUAAACAUCCGACCAAAUCACUUCGUUUACUUAAAUAAUGUGCACGUUAAGCGGGGUCGUAUCUAUGAUAAUUUGGAAGCCAGUAUGCAUACUGAUCGUCAUUACCCGGACAAAAUCUGUAUCACGAAAGUGAGCCCUUCAAGCGACGAACGAGCGCGUGCAUUACUAGAUCGCAGGAAGGAGUAUUGGGCAAAAUACUACAGCAAAGAAGAUGUCCAGGAAGAAAAUUCAGAGAAGUCCGCGGGCUCUAAAAAGGCCAAGCAGAACAAAGGACAGAAAAAGCAGGAAAAGAAAAAGGAGGAAGGCCAGAAGCCGCUUGAGAUUAGCAGGAAGAUCCGCUUGAAUGAACAUAUCAAAGCCAUGAAUGUUUCUGUCAAAUGCAAACGACUGGAGGAUAUUUUGACAAACAAAUCCCACGAAUAUAAAACCCCCGAGGGCAUCGAAUACCGUCUUCCAUUCCAAAACAUUUGCUACCGAUCAGAUAUCCGCGUGGUCGACUUUUUCCCGCCCAACCUGGAAGACUUUGCCGUGCCCGAAGAACCCGAUAACGGUAAAUUAGUUGCAUCUGAUGGUGAAGAACUUGAUAUUUCCAGUGAUUCAAGAAGUUUCAUUAGGUGGGAAUGGCGAUUUUGUCUUCUCGUCGAGAAUUCCACCCCUCCGGGCCCAGGUGUCCCUAAUGAGAGGAUACGCCUUUAUGUCUCCGGACCAGAUGCCGAGUGUCUACUGGGUCUAGAUCCCGUCGAUCUACGAAGGAAGAAGUCAUCAUUGCGUGAACUACGAGAAAGGCUUUUCAUCCUAUGGGGCGAUCUCGAAGAACGUAAAUCACAAGCCGCCGCUGAAGGUAAAACUGACCCCCAGAGCUGGGGUCCUGUGUCCUCCGUUCCAUUUACGUGCUGUAUCAAAGAGUACGGUGUGAGAUGCUCGCAUGGCGAUGGUGAAGAUGCAGAUCACUCUCAGCUUGGUUGUAAGUUUGAGGGCUGUUUCGGUUGGGAGAGGAGAUUUGGAAUGUUUCAGACAACAAUCCAUUCAUAG